AUGGCGAUCGCAACGCUGUUCUCUGCUUCAUCUCUUCGGCUGCUCUAUCUGUUGCUGCUGGUGUCUGCUACUACUAGUGCUAGCGCUAGUACUAGUAACAAUGCCACAGCAACAAGCAGCAACUCCUCCGCUGCUCCGGCUGCUGCUACUACAACAAGUACUACAACAAGCACAACUUCCACGACCGUGGAAUCUUCUGACCAGACCGUGGAAAUCGAUGGGUGGCAAUUUCCGUCUCGUGUUUCUCUCCGCGCUGGAGUUCUCCACGCUCCGCCCUUUGCCAUCUUAGAAGAGCGACUCGACGGGUCCAUUGUCUACAGCGGAUUUCAAAUCGACAUGUUGGAGAGUCUCAAAGUCUUUGCCAAGCAAGAUGGCGUGCUGCUGCAAGUAGACCUUAGCCCUAGUCCGCCCAAUUUCAAUCCCGCACUUGAUUUAGUCGCUAAUGACUGCAACACCACCAAAAACCCAAACACAAAGGAAGACUGUGAAAAGUUUGACUUUAUCAUUGCCAAUUACUACGCCACCCCGGCUCGUUGUACACGAGUCGCCCUCUCCCCUCCAUGGCUACGGUCCACCAUUACCACACUCAAAUACGUUGACAAACCACCUGGUGCCAAAGACUACACCACACUCAAAGAAGCAGAAGACUCCGGGGCACCCAUUUGUGCAAAGUCAGGAACAUUCUUUGCCACGGUUGUCAAGGCCAAGUUCCCAAAGGGAAACUUUGUACCAUGUCCCACUCUGGAAGAAUGCAUUGCUGCACUCAAAAAUGGAGACUGCGUACUCAGUGCCGAAGAUGAACUCAUGUCACGAUAUUCCAUGGCAUGGGAUCCAGAAAUUGAAGUUACACGAGAACAAUUCAAUACACAGUACAAAGUAUGGCCCUACUCUUAUCAGAUACCCUUUGAAAUUCGAUUGCUCAUGGAAAAAUGGGUACGAGAUGCCAAUACCAAUGCCACGCUAGAUGAAUUGUACUCCAAGUACUUUCAAAAGUCACUUUGUCCGGUGGGAACGGCAGGAGACGAUUGUGAUAAACCCUGUGAUCCUAUCCAUGGAACAUCCGACAAACGAGGAGUCUGUGUCUGUGAAUCUACAAAGUGGGAAGGAGAGGAUUGUACCAUUGAAGUAGAAGAAGAACUCAAUCUCAUUCCUCAGUACAUGAUCAUUAUUGCCUACACCAUGUUGGGCAUCAACGUCAUGGCCAUUCUACUUUGUGCUCUAUGGUUAUUCUGGCAACGAAACUCGGUACAAGUGCGCGUGUCACAACCAUUCUUUCUGGCAUUGGUGCUCGUCGGAUGCUUCAUUUCAAGUAGUACCAUCCUAGCACUCUCACAAGAAGAUGAAGGAGAUGGAUCUGUACCGGCUUGCAUGGCCAUUCCGUGGUUGUACAGUGUUGGAUUUUCCAUUACCUUUGGGACUCUCUUUGCCAAGAUUCUGCGCGUGUACGCCAUUUUCAAAAAGGCAGCGGACAAUCGCGUAGGACACGGUGCAUCGGUCAGCGGAACUAGUCGCAGCAAUAUCAUUUCCGCAUCCGAAACUGUGGGCAUUAUUGGAGGUGUACUCUUUGUCGACUGCAUCAUUCUCGUCGUAUGGACCUUUGUGGAUCCCUUACAAUGGGAACGAACCGUCAUUAGUGCGGACCAAUUCGGGGCUCCCUUGGAAAGUGAAGGAAAAUGCGUCUCGGAGAACUGGCUGGCAUUUGCGGCAGCACUCGCCGGGUUGCAUCUCCUGUUGCUGGCGACUGCCUGUUGCAACCUCCAGAUCUUCAUUGUAGGAGUCCCAAUUUUGAUCAUUAUCGGUUCAGAGCCAGCCACGAGCUUCUUUGUAAGGUCGACCAUUAUUUGGAUGAAUGAUCUUUGCGUGGUCAUGUUGCUGUUUGGAAAUUUGAUGUUUUCGGUACACUUCAAGGGCGACGUGGGGCAGGACGAAGUCAAGAGAGCGGUGGAGCAAUUCACAACCAGACGCACGGAUCGCUCGGCUGUCAUGGCCAACUCGGUCAUGGCCAAAAAGAGUAGUAGCGGCGACAACGGUGAUCUCACCAGUGGAAAUUUUGCUGCUGAUUCGGGUCAUGCCUCGAACAAAGGCGUAACCUGGAAAGAAGACGUCAGCACGACCGAAAGAGGCAAUGACAAGAACAGCAUCUUGCGCGGGAGCCAGAAUUCCGCGUCGAAGCAACCCAAGAAGAAGAAAAAGCCUGAUGAUGUUUUGUCCAGAGACUCGUGGGCUUCUCCAUCAAAUCCAUCCACGUGGGAGGGUGGAAAGCGCGACGAUGAUCAUAGUAGCACGGUCUCUGACUUUGAAGAUGAAGGAGGCAGCAGCUUUCAUCAGGAUGAUGGGAAACCGACUGACGUUCUGGGAAACAACAAGAAUUCGUGGGCUGCCGUGCAAAUUUCCAAGUUCUCCCUAAAUUACAACAACAGCCAGGCAGCAGACGAGGACGAGGACGACGAGGAAGCAACGAAUGACGUUGACGAACGAAGAGGGUCCCAUAGCUCUCUGUCUCUGCCGCCUUCGAACCUUCCAAAGGUGGACAAGGCGUCGCACAUGUCUUAUGCGGCUAGUCGCAUCACAAAACUUCGGGGAGAGCAUGCACAAUACUUGGCGGAGAAAAAGUCGGGAAAGCGUUCUGGAGGAAAGGUGGGGACAUCUGGCUAG